AAUUAUUUCUGAGACUUUAUAUGAAAUUGAAAGUAACUUAACUUUUAAAGAUUUGUUGUGCUUGGCUGAUAAUAAAUAUAAAUCAAAUAAAAUAGUUAGAGUUGAGGUUCAUUGCUCUGGAAGUAAUCAAUAUCAUUUUCAUGCAUCUGGAGUAGAUGGUAGUUUACAUGCUUUUGAAUCUUCUAAUAGUCCAUUAGAUGCAUUUGGUAAUAAUGAAAAUGCAUUUAAUUUAAUGAUGAAUAAAGCACAAGAAAGAAAACUCCCUGUGCAAAAAGAUAAUAACAAUAAACGAAAUCAAUUACAUAAUGAUCUUAUAAAUAGUUUAUCUAAAAUGAAUUGUGGAUGGUUUAAUGGAAAUAAAGCAACAAUAGGAGAAGUAUUUUUAAACAAACUUACUACACUCAUUUGGUAUAUUGAUGAACAUCAUUCUAAGUUUUUUGAUCGUAGUUUAUAUUUUCCAAAUUUUAUUAAAGAAUUAGCGCCAUAUACAAAUAAUCAAUUUUAUAAAAAAGGUUCACAUCAUAAAAAAGGAAUGUUAGAACGAGAUAAAUUAGAACUAUAUAUUAAUGCUAUCAAUGAAUCAUUAGAUCAACUGUGGGCUAGUAGUACUAGUUGGAGACCUUUUAUAACACAAGUACAUCAAUUUAUUAGUACUAUUCAAAAAUAUAUUGAAUAUCUUGAAAAUGUAAAUAAAAGUGGUAUAAUAACUAGAAAUGCAAUGAAUCCUGCUCGUAAUUCAAUUGAUAAUAGUACUGUUGAGUUAAAAUCAGAAUGCUAUUUUAGUGAAGUUAAAGAACAAUAUCAAGAAUUAGCAACUAUAAUAAAGAACUCAAAUGAUUAUGAAGUUAUUUCAAUUGAUAAAUACUUACCAUCAAAUCGUAAUCAAAAAUAUAACUUUAUUACUAACUUAGCUUUAGAUACUACUAUAAUGUUAUAUAGAUAUUAUCAUAGAAAUUAUCUUGGAAGCUUAAAUUUUGUAUGGCGUAUACCAACCAAUCCAAAUAUAAGAUCUGAAAAUUUACAAGCACAAGCAAUUAUUUCUAUUCAAAAUAAGCUACCACAAUAUUUUACUAGAGCAAUGCGAAAAAAUAUAUUUGCAAAGUAUUCUCUAUUAAGUAAAAUUACACCUCAUGUAUUAUCAUUAUUACAACAUGAUUUAACAGGAGAUGUUAGUGCUCUAGAAAAUUCCCAAUCUAAGGAGUUAGAUGAACAUCUUAGAUUAAUGCUUGAAAUUGGAGAUUCAGAUAUAUUAGUAGAUUUAAGAAUUAAUAAUGGUUUCAAAG